UAAGUAGCUUGAGAUAUUUUGCAAAACAGGGAAGAAAGAAGUAACCAUUCUUCUUCUUCUUCUCCUCUGUACAGUGGAAAACCUAGAUUGACUGGACUGGAUUGAACUGGAUUCCUCCAUCAUCUUCAAGGUGAUUUACUCCUUCAUUCAACAUGGCUCCAUCUGAAUCUAAAACCUCAUCCAUCACUUUUGACAAGGAAUUCCUCAAAUUCUUAUCUCCAUAUGCCGCACUAAUGUUUCUCUGAUCAUAUAUACACCACUAGAGCAUGCAGACGAAGAGCAUCUCGUUCGCCUCCUUGCUGAUGUUAUCCUCUCACCUUCUUCCUCGCCUUCGCCGACGCUUCACUCUAUCUCCUCUCGCUUCCACAUCUCUCUCCUCCUCUUUAGGUCAGGACAGGAAAAAUGUCACUCAUGACUGUUCCUCUCAAUUCUAUUCUUCUAACCACUUCACCGGAGGAGGAGGUCGUCGUGUGUUAUUUCUUUCUCCAUUGACACCGGGGAGUUUUGUCCCUAUUAAUUUCAACCGGACAAUCUUCGUUCCUCUGGCUUCAGUUUCUUCUGAUUCUAAUCAUCAAUAUUCUUUUCGGCGGAGUUUAUUCACCAGAUCGAAGAAACUAAAGAAGCUAGAGCCCGAAGAUCACAGUCAGCGAGCAGUAACAACAGCCUUAUGCUGCAAUUUCCUUGUUUUCUCUCUUAAGUUCGGGGUCUGGUUAACAACCUCAAGCCAUGUAAUGCUGGCUGAAGUUGUACAUUCAGUUGCCGACUUUGCAAAUCAGGCACUUCUUGCUUAUGGACUCAUUAGUUCCAAACGUGCCCCAGAUGCUAUCCAUCCCUAUGGCUAUUCAAAGGAAAGAUUUGUAUGGUCCUUAACAUCUGCUGUUGGUAUCUUUUGUCUUGGUUCUGGUGCUACAAUUGUGCAUGGAGUACAAAACUUGUGGACCACAUUGCCCCCAGAGAAUAUUAAAUAUGCAGCCUUGGUGCUUGGUGGUUCUUUUGUCAUUGAAGGUGCUUCUCUUGUGGUAGCCAUUGAUGCUGUGAGGAAAGGUGCUGCUGCUGAAGGAAUGACAGUGAGAGAUUAUGUCUGGCGUGGUCAUGACCCUACUUCUGUAGCUGUCAUGACAGAGGAUGGUGCAGCAGUUACUGGACUUCUUAUUGCAGGUGCAUCACUGGUGGCUGUUAAUAUCACUGGAAAUCCGAUAUAUGAUCCCAUUGGUUCAAUUGUGGUUGGAAAUCUCCUUGGCAUGGUGGCGAUAUUUCUUUUUCAGAGGAAUAGGCAUGCUUUAAUUGGUAGAGCAAUGGAUGAUCAUGACAUGAAAAAAGUUCUUAAUUUUCUUAGAAAUGACCCGGUUGUUGAUGCUAUUUAUGAUUGUAAAAGUGAGGUGAUAGGGCCUGGGGUUUUCAGAUUUAAAGCAGAAAUAGAUUUCAAUGGCGAUUUCAAUGGCGAGGUGCUAGUGCAGAACUACCUUAACAGGCGUGAAGGGUGGGAUAGUCAGUUUCGAGAAGCAUCGAAGGAGAAGGAUGAUGCUUUGUUGCAGAACUACCUUAACAGGCGUGAAGAGUGGGCUAGUCAGUUUCGAGAAGCAUCGAAGGAGAAGGAUGAUGCUUUGUUACUUAAGAUAAUGUCAAACUAUGCUGAAGAAGUUGCUAAAGAAGCUGCGAAAGAAGUUGCAAAAGAAGUUGCCACGGCCAUAGGGAAUGAAGUUGAUAGACUUGAGAAAGAAAUUCAGGAAAUAGUCCCAGGUAUUCGUCAUGUAGAUAUUGAAACCCACAGUCCUAUUACAACCCCAUGAAAAUCCAUUUUAUAUUUUUUAUUUGAUCCGACUUGAAUAAUUAUUAUAUUUUUUUCUUACCAAAUACCAUCUAUUAUUUAUUGUCAAAUUUCAUCUCCAAUUUUGCCUUUCAAAUAGUGUAUGUAUAUAUGUGAAAUGUGAUUUUCAAU